AUGUCGAAUCGAUUAUUACGCGACAAUGAAAUUCAGGAUUAUCUCGAUAUACCCUCAGGUAGUGAGGAUGAGGAAGUUCAUUCGAAAGCUGAAAGCGAUGAUGACAUCAACAAUAUCCAGUCUACCCUCAAUUUCUUUGCGGAAUCAACUAGCGACAUAGAAAUAUCACGAAGUUUGUCUCCAGCUACCGUGGAUGUUCGUGGAUCUACUUCUCAGCCCAGUACAUUUUCACAGUCUGGUGCAUUUUCAGAGUCUACUUUAGAUAACCCCAGGUAA